AUGCAAUACAAGCACAUUCGGGCAGCAAUCCACCACCUCCCUCUCAUCUAUGACGGGCAAUUCCGGCCAUUCGUGGAUUUGGAUCGAGACAUUUGGCCCCAAGUUAAGCCGGCUCAGCUUGCGGCCCCAGCAAUUAUCGGGCUAUGUAGCUUGCUUUUAUGGCCUUUGGCCUAUCAGCUACAUCACCAGUUCGUGUGGGAACUUUACAGAUCUAUCAAUGGGGACGCAAAGACAAAAAUCUACGUCGUUCUUCUCAAGGUCGAUUUCUAUUUUAUUAUAGGCUUCAUCCUGCAAUAUAACUUGAUCGAUGUUCACUUCGACGAACCCGAGUACUCUCUUACGAUGGCUAUCAUACCAGCUACGCUGAUGGUCAUGUUUUCCGGACUAUACUUUGUUCGAUCCGAACGCAAAAUCGCCAUGAUAUGUGUCAUUGUCUGUUACGUUGCCAUGAUAGCCUAUCUCCUAAGCCGAAUUAUCAUUCUGUUCGGCAACAGUCACCGUGCGAAAACCGACGGCAAGGACAUGAUGUUGCUUUUCGCUUUCAUGGCGCUGGCUCUUACAACCCUGAUGGUCCUAUCGGUGAUCCGAUGUAUUCUGAAUUUUGGUCAGGGGUUGAAGAAUGUGCUCAAGCCGAAUACUUCAUCAGCUCGUGAAUCCUAUCGCGCGCGACCCCUGUCGGAACAUCCAUCUUCCCCGGUCCAUUCGUUACAUUCUCGAAUGUCGAUUGAUUGA